AUGAGUGAGUCGCGCAAGAAACGAAGACCGCGGCCUCGGCUUGCACCACGGCUUGAGGAAACGGACGGAGAUCUACGGAGCAUUCUCGUUCUGCCUCCAUCAAACCCUUCAGGUAGCGAUCACAAACAGAAGCCGAGACGCGAAUACCAGUAUGUUCCAAUAAGGGACCCAAAGCCACCAGGUUCACCUCCCACGUCAACCGAGGAGCCUUGGAUAAGGCUCUUCAAGAUCUUUUCGUCGAACUCGACCAGAAUCGACUACGAACUCAUCACAAUCCAUUCUCAAAACCCGCCGCCGUAUAAGGCCAUCUCAUAUGCGUGGGGCGAUCCCGGAUGUACUCGUGACAUCUCUAUCGUACGGGGCAGAGAACAAGGGUGGCUGAAGGUACCAGUCAGUCUUUGCGCCGCCUUGGAUGCCCUAAGAGAUCAGGAAGAGGAUAUCCUGGUCUGGGCAGACUCUGUGUGUAUUAACCAGCAGGACGAUCUGGAAAAGAACCAGCAAUUGCCCCUAAUAUGUGAUAUAUACAGUGAGGCGAAACAGGUUGUCGUCUGGCUAGGGGUAGAGGAGGACGACUCUGAACAGGCUCAAGAGCUCUUGCAGGAUCUUUCAAAUGCCAAAAAGAGCUUGAAUGAACCUCUGGGCCUCAAAUCCGUUGUUUCACUCUUCGACCGUGAUUACUGGAGCCGACUCUGGGUUGUCCAAGAGAUACUGCAUGCUAGGAAUAUUGUGGUUCUUUGUGGCUCUUCUCGGCUCUCCUGGGAUGCCUACACCCAAUGCUCCACGAUUUUCCAGUCAAAAGACUCUGCAGACAGACUUGAAUCCCUUUUAAACGAGAGACAUAGUGCCACUCGAUACAUAACCUCUCAGCAUCGGUUGAGUCCCUCGCAGGUUCUCAUUCAUCAUGGACCGGCGAGUAUAUUGCACUUGCAACAGGCACGCAAGGUCUAUGGAGUUGACAGUCCGUUGUAUACUCUCUUUUUGAUGCGACUCAGCAGAAACAAAUUAGCAACAGACCCCAAAGAUCGGGUCUAUGGAGUCCUCGGCCUUCUUCCUGCCCGGAUACGCCGUGGGAUCAGGGUCGACUACCGCCUCCCCAUCAAAGACAUAUACAUCGACAUUGUGGAAAUGAUCAUGAUGCGGUCACGCAGCCUAGAUGUGUUGUGUGAAUCUAUUCAUUUUCCUCCACAAAUUAGCAGCGCCAGCCUUCCAUCCUGGGUACCUGACUGGUCGUAUGAUCCCACGACGCAGUCACUCGCAAGCUUUCCGCUCUCUUUCUCGGCUAGUGAAGCGCUUCCUGCCGAGCAUCGGUAUGUUGAAGAUGACUGGGAUCCGCCGAGGCGGAACAAGCUGGUAUUUGCUGGGGUUCGCAUCGGGUCGAUCUCAAACCAUGGCAUGACCGUCAACACGCACUCCCGAGCAGUGGACUACUGCAUGGCUUUUCUGCAAUGGAGGGCACUGCUAUUGCAGUACUUUGAGCUUACAUCUGGGUCGGAGAGCAACAAUGCAGAACGCCGCCAGCGUGUGAGCCUCUGCGAGCACCAGCGCCGUUUUUGCCUGACUCUCAGCCUCGGACAGCCAAUCCGGACGAACACCGACAGCAAAAGGUCUGAUUUGUCCGAUCUAGAAAAAGCAUGGUUGGAAAAAUGCUACUGCGUCUUUUCGAAUCUUAUCAAAGCCCGGCUACCUAGGCUGCCCAUCGAUGAGGAUCUGAUGGCGUUUUCCGACAUGGGCGAUGACAUGGAGCCUGAGAUCACUCGCCAGUUCCUCCAGGACAAUUUUGCCGAGUACAUGAUGGGCCGCUGCUUCUGCAUCACGGAUUCGGGGGAUUUGGGGCUUGGCUCAGGGGCAAUGGCCCGCGGAGAUAUUGUAGUCGUGCCAUACGGAUGCUCGACCCCUGUUUUGCUCCGCCCGGAAGGCUUCAGUGCUCCAGAUCGUGACGGACAACGUACUCAAGAGUACCGCUUUGUUGGAGAUGCUUACGUUCACGGCUACAUGGAUGGUGAAGCCAUUGUGAAUGGGACGAAGGAAGAGUUCAUUUUACACUGA